AUUUUCCUUUGCUUGAAUGCAGAAGCCAACAAAGAGGUGUAUCCAUGAUGUUAUAAAAAAAAAAUAGCCCAUUGCAACUCCCUACCUACCCGAGAUCCGAAUCCAAUCCAGGUGGCAUCCUUCAAUCUUACCAUGGAGAGCAGCACAGGAGAUCGCCCUCCCCCAACAACACCAUCGGUUAAAACGCAAAAACAUGCGGUCGUAACAGCUGGAAGAACUAAACACCGUGAAGUGGUUUCGGGGAAAUGCGGGCCCCAACAAUCCCAUUUUCUUUUCGCCAAAUCAAAUCAUCAUCACCACCAGCAUCACCACCUCCUCCGGCGAAGGUCGCAACUCUUAGCUUCUCUGCUUGCCAGAAGGAGAAAAAUCUCUCCCCUCCUCUCCUCUCCUCUGUCAACAAUCACGAUGGCGGAUAAGGGUCGACCAUUGCCAAAGUUUGGUGAAUGGGAUGUAAAUGACCCUGCAUCAGCUGAGGGGUUCACGGUUAUCUUCAACAAGGCUAGGAAUGAGAAAAAGACAGGUGGGAAACAUGAGUCAACAGGAAAAAAUAAUCCUGAAGUCAAGCAGGGGAAUGCUCUUGGAAAGCCUCAGUCUAAGAAGUGGUUCUGCUGUAUUCAAGCGGCUCCUACGGAGUAACGGAGCGGCUCUUACCCAUGAGAGCCUUGAAAAGAAAGCCUAUUCAUGUAUUCCCGGCGCUUCCCCAUGAUCCAGAAGACUAGAGCUUUAUUCGGAAGCUAUGAUAGGUCCUGCUGGAGUAUGUUUAUAUUGUGUCUUUAAAAGGUUUGGUGAUGAUGUGAGCUAGGGGUGAAAAAGAAAAAACAUUGUUGUUUCAUGCCUACGAACAUUGGUGGUGUAUUUUUUUUUUUUUAAUUAUAUAUAUUUAUAUAUUUUGAUUUGCCGCUCUUAUUUCUUUUG